GUUUGACAGAGGGAUCUCGAGUGAACGCAGAAGUUUGUCUAUAGAUUAAUCAAACAAUGUCUGAAGAAAUCAGAAAAAGGCUUGAUUUUCCUAACACGCUUAUUCAGUCACAGGCUGUGGGCCAUCUUAUUGCUGCAGUGCUGAAAGAAAAUGUUUUAUCUAACAAGAUCAGCCAGUCCAGUAACCAGACCCCAGCGUUAAAUUUGCUCUGGGAAAAGUCCUGCAGUGACAAUAUGAUGGUCCGGACAACCUGCUGUGAGGCUGUGGUGAAGCUUGUCAAACAAGAUCAUGCAGAGUUUGGCUACAUUCUUAACACAGCACUCAGCCUCAUUCCUUCAGCCAGGAAUGUCCAGGGCUUGAUAAAAAUCAUUGUAAAGCUAUUACAGAUGCAAGCCUUGAAGACAUCACAAAGUGAAGAACAGCAACAGCUUGACUUAUAUGCAAUUAGAAACUCUCCUCACCCUCUAAUUAUUAUAGUUGAAAACAGACCUGAUUGCUGGCCAUUCCUUCUUCAACAUAUGACCACAUUUUUCCAGCAAUGUCCAAAAGGGGCAGAACGUGCAUGUGUCAAUAUAAUGAGGCCAUUUCUAAGGUACCUAUAUUGUGAACCUUACCAGUUGCGGGAGCAUGCAGAAUUACGGAUGAGCCUGCUUAGAGUCUUGCUUCAGCCAUAUGGACCUUUCAACAAAGAGGAGCCCCCUGGCCUUGAAUGCCAUCUCCUUCAAUUGUUUUGUGACCUAGUCCCGUAUUAUCAGGUAAAAGACGCUCUACAGAUCACGGAAGCAUUGCUUUUUUUGGAGGGAUUAUUUCGGAGUCUGCUGCGUUACCCUAGUUUUUGGAAGAAGCAAUUGUGUCACCUUUGUCUGCAGCUUCUGGUUUUCUGUGAGGUUAGCCUGCAGGCCACAGGGGAAUGUUCAUCUUUAAUUCGCUUAAUGGAGGAAAAUGUUGAGCUUCUGAAAGAGGGUUUUCCAUUUCAGAUGACCAUCAUUGGAUUAGGCGUGCUCCUACUGCAGAUUCCAGCUAGUCAGCAAAAGCCUAUUUUAAAUCUAGCCAUCAAGCUUCUAUCAGGUUCGGAAACCAAGAUGACUCCAUUGAUGGCUGUCAUCUUAGUGAUGCCUGCAUUGCAAAUAUUAUCAUCUACCACUGGUCAGGACAACAUGAUUGAGGAGAAUGAUAGCACGACUAGGCAGCAAUUAGCCAUUAAUCUUCUAGAGAUUGUACAGCAGGAAGAGCUUAAGGAGCAGCCCUUGGUCUCUUGGGAGCAUUACUUCCCCAUAAAUAGUACCUAUGGUUCAUUGCAUGUCACUUGGCAACUCCUUUGGCUUUUGAGAGACAAGACCGCUAUGCUUGAUUGGUUGUCUUCUAUUAAAUCAAUGCUUCCUAUUGCAACACAAGUCUCUGUCCAUGUUGUUCUCCUGGUAGCGUAUCUCCUCAUUCAAGAGAAUGGGGAUAAUCUUCAUAGUGUGCUGGAUGCUACCAUAGAAAUUGCAAAGGUGGAUUCAUCUCAGGUGCCAAAUCUGAUUCCAGUUCUGAUGUUUAAAUUGGGAAGACCACUGGAGGCCACACUCUGCCGGGACAUCUUGUAUACCUUACCUGCUUUGGGAGUUCAUAAGGUCUGCGUUGCCCAGAUUUUACGUGUGCUGCAGGUGUUAGGAAACACACCGAAACUUCAAGCUGUUACGUUACGUCUGAUGACAUGUUUAUGGGAAAAACAGGAUCGAGUUUAUCCAGAACUUCAGAGAUUCAUGGCAAUGUCUGAUAUGGCUUCAUUAUCUGUUAGUAAAGAUACUCAGUGGGAGAAGGUGAUUGCCAAAGCUGCUUCUAUCAGAGAUAUAUGCAAGCAAAGACCUUACCAACAUGGGGCAGAUAUGCUGGCUGCAAUUUCUAAGGUACUGAAUGAAUGCACAAAACCCGAUCAAGCCACACCUGCUGCCUUAGUCUUACAAGGACUUCAUGCACUUUGUCAAGCUGAGGUUGUUUGCAUUCGUUCUACAUGGAAUGCACUCUCACCAAAACUGAACUGUGAUACCCGGCCAUUUAUUUUAAAAACACUCAAUGAACUGUUCUCUCUUGUCCCUUCGUUAAUGGUAAAUUCGAGUGAAUAUGAGAAGUUUAAAGCUCAAGUUGUCAGUUUCCUAUGGAGCCACACACAAAGCAAGGAUUCUCUUGUAGCUAUCUCUGCAUAUAAAUCUCUCUCUGAAUUUCAUCCUGAAGAAUACACCAUCCUCCAUCUUCCUGAACAGAAAUCCUACUCUGGUGAAAAUACCGCAAGUGCUAUUGCUCGUUCCUGUGCAGCAACCUCUUUGUCUCUCUUGGUGCCGGUUUUUAUUGUAUCCUACAAGGAAAGGGUUGAGGAAGUCCUGAAUUUACUGAUUGCCAUGUUACCUGGGAAACCAAAUGCAGAUGAGUCUCAGGCUGUUCAAAUCCACAUGAGCCUUGCAUUGGGGAUGUUUAUUUCACGGUUAUGUGAAGAGAAAGUCAGUGAUGUAGCUGACAAACAAAUGAAUCUCCUAUUGAUGAAGUCCCUGGAGGCAUUAGAAGAUUGCUGCUUCGACACAAGUCUUGAGUACAACACUGGAUGUAUCUUGGGGGUAGGACUUGUUCUGUCACUGAUGAGUCACAGCAACUUGACAGAUUCUGAAGCUCACAUCUCUACCUCUCUGCGUAAACUUUGCAAGUACUUGGAUGAUGCAGAAGACCAAAGCCGAACAUUACAGGAAAUCCUUGCCUACACAAUUGCCUGUGUCUGUGUUUCUGCUUUCAGUACUAGGAUUGUUGAGGCUACAGAGGCUGAAGAUGUUAUGGACAAGCUGCAGAAAUUAACAGAAAUGAAUCAGCAGACACCAGGUUUUGCCUUAGCCUUGGGGAGCCUUGUUCAUGGAUUAUCUAUAUGCGGACAUGGAAAAGCAGACGUUCUCAGCAAUAAGCUAUUUCCUGCCUGGAUGAAAACUGUACUUGCUGAGGGAGCUCCUACAAUGCAAAGACUAGCAGCGGUCAAUGGCUUGGUCUCUCUAGUGGGUUCUGAAAGUACCAUGAUACAGCUGAAAUCAGAAGCUAUCCAAUCUUCUCACUUUCAAAGCAAACUUAAUGAAGUCAUCCGAACCCUGACUCAGGUAAUCAGCUUUUCUGGGGUGAUAGGCCUUCAGGUAAAUGCUGCAUGGAUGUUAGGACAUUUGUACCUUUCUAAUGUGUCUGCAACCCGUAGUCGAACAUCUGUUCCUUCUGACUUUAGCUACCUCCCUGAGAAAAGUUUCCUUAGAGCAACCAUUGAUUUUAUUAUAGAAGGCGGAAAGAAAGGGCCUGAACAAGUCCAUCCAAGCUUCUUAAAGGCAGCCAUGGCACCCAUUGCAUUGAUUGGAGGGAGCUAUCAGUAUCCCCCUUUGAACUGGGCAUCAAUUCUCGCUCCUCUGCUGCGGCUAGAUUUUGGAGAAGAAAUACAGCAGUUGUGUAUUGAACUAGCUGUGACCCAGGCUCAAUCAUCUCAGAAUGCGGCAAUGAUUUUAGGCAUGUGGGUGGCACCACCUCUGGUCUACAGUCUAAGUAUACAAGCCAAGAGAUACCUUUUUGCUUCCUUACCUCUGUGGAUGAAAUAUGUAGCCGAAGACAAACAGCAGAUCUUCACUGAAGUGUUUAUGGUGCAGCAUUUCGAGACAAAGAAACAGUCAAAAAACCCAGACCUUUGCUGGAAUAUUUUGCAAGGACUCAGCCAAGCUAUGAAAUUGCCUAGCCCAACUCAGCACAGCUGGAGUUGUUUUUGCAAGGCUGCUGAGAAGAUAUUUGAGCUUUUGCCAGAUGAGAUUUGGAACAAUUUGGAAAAGGUUGCAUUUGUCAGAGUUUAUUUAGUUUCUCAAGGCAGAUUUCCUUUGCUGAGAUGGAACGAUGUGAUUAGUGUUGCGGCUGGGUGCCAGCAGAAAGAAACCAUUGUCUGGAUGCUGCUGCACAGCUUUUAUCAUGCACGAAUCCUGAGCCAUGAAAACACUGGAGUCUUAAAACGAAUGGAGUGGCUCUUGGAAUUCAUGGGAUAUAUUAAAAAAGUUUCCUUAAAUACGGCCUCUAUGCAAAAUGUUUCUCCCCAAGAGGCUGUCAGCUUCCUGUUGUGGAUUUUCGCCGCUUGUGUGGUUGCCUGGGCUGAUCAUGCCUUGCCAAUGCUACUUGGCCUUAGUGCAGACUGGUCUGCCUGGCAGUGUGAAACAAUAGACAGAGUCCUUGCACGUGGCUUAGGCAAGCGUCCAGUGGAUACUUUGGCAGUCAAAGAGAUACUCACUCUUCUUCCAGGUAGCUUGCAAAUUCUGUUGACCAAAGAGCCUUGGAAAGAGCAAACACCAAAGUUUAUUGACUGGCUGUUUAGCCUAAUGGAGAAUGCUAAUGAAAUACUCACUCAAUCUUCCAGAGAUCUUUUGAAAGCUUCUUUAUUGGCCCUGAGAUCUCUUCCAGAGUUUAAGAAGAAAGCAGUAUGGACAAAAGCUUAUGGCUGGUAGGGAUCUUGAAGAAACAGAUACCGUAUCUGUUGGUGAUACAUAUCUUGCUAAAAACCUUUUAUGCUAUGGAAUACAAGCUUCUGUUAUAGACAUAUUGUUAUCUUUCCUGGGGAAAGAUACUUAAAAAUCCUCCGUAUUUGCAUAUAUACCAUUUGUUCUAUUAAUGAGAGAGAAAGAGAAGAAGGAAGGAAGGAAAAUGAAAGAAAGAAUGAAAGAAUGAAUGAAUUACUAUUAGAAAGUGGGAGGUAAGGGAGUUUAAACAAGGCAAGUAGAUUUCACAAAAGGUUGGUCACCAUUGCACUUGACAACUUCGGUGUGUUAAGAUUAAAGAUAUUGUUUUGAAAAAUUGAA